CCACCGCCCCGCCCGCCGUGACGCGCUUGCCGCGCGCCGGCGCGGUGCAUGCCGGUGCGGUGGCGGGACCAUGGCGAGCGAUUUCUACCUGCGGUACUACGUGGGGCACAAGGGCAAGUUCGGCCAUGAGUUCCUUGAGUUUGAGUUCCGGCCCGACGGGAAGCUGCGCUACGCCAACAACAGCAACUACAAGAACGAUGUCAUGAUCCGAAAGGAGGCUUACGUGCAUAAGAGCGUGAUGGAGGAGCUGAAGAGAAUAAUCGACGACAGCGAGAUCACAAAAGAAGAUGAUGCUCUGUGGCCUCCUCCUGACAGAGUUGGUCGACAGGAGCUUGAAAUAGUGAUCGGCGAUGAGCACAUCUCCUUUACUACAUCAAAAAUCGGUUCGCUCAUCGAUGUAAAUCAAUCCAAGGAUCCAGAAGGCUUGCGAGUGUUCUACUACCUGGUCCAGGACCUGAAGUGUCUAGUCUUCAGUCUUAUUGGACUGCACUUCAAGAUUAAGCCAAUUUAAAUCAAUCAAGCUGAAGUUUGUAUUGCAGUGUCUGUACGGGGGGUGGGAGGGAGG